AUUAACUAACACAUGAUCUUUUUUUCUCUUUUCUUAACUAAACAAAAAAGGUGUAUGAAUUUGUACUACUAAACAAUUAUACUACUUUAUAAGAGGAGAAGUCAAAAGGGAAAGGGAAAAUGUUCACCUAUGCGUUACUUCUAAGAAACUUACAAAUUUUAUUAGUAUCCUAACUCAGAUCACCAAACUUGCCUACACUACAACACAUGAUUUCAUUUCCAAGUUCAACACAAUGGCGGUGAAGUCCUCAAAGCCCAACCGGGAGCGUUUCAUGCUCUCUUGUUUCACAUUCAUCGUCUUCCUCUGCGUGUUCGCUUCAAUAAACGAGGUUCGAUUCAACGGCGCCCUCCCAAACGAAUCUCUUCCCCCAAACUCAGAAGACGACGACCUCCGAAUCCUCAUCUCCGUCCUCACCCUCCCCGACCAAUACCAACGGCGGCACUUCCUGCGCCUCGUGUACGGCACGCAAACCACCAUCGAGGGCGCGAAGGUGGACGUGAAGUUCGUGUUCUGCAACCUCACUAAAGAGGACCAGAAAGUCCUGGUGGCGCUGGAGAUCAUGCGCUACAACGACAUCAUCGUCCUCAACUGCACCGAGAACAUGAACAAGGGCAAGACAUCAACGUUCUUCACGAGCCUGCCCGAGAUCUUCAACAACGAAACAACAACAAGCGGUAUCGUCCCUUACCCUCCUUACCACUACGUGAUGAAAGCAGACGAUGACACUUACGUGAGGCUGAACAGUUUGGUGAGGUCGUUGAGGCCGUUGCCGAGGGAGGAUUUAUACUAUGGGUUCGUGAUACCGUGUGGAAGCAUGGACCCUUUUAAGCACUACAUGUCUGGGAUGGGGUUUGUGGUGUCCUGGGACAUAGUGGAGUGGAUUCAUGGUUCUGAUAUUCCUAGGAAACACGUGGAGGGCCCUGAGGAUAAGGUGUUCGGAGAUUGGAUGCGAUGGGCUCGCCGUGGAAACAACAGGUUCAAUGCUAAGUGGUCUAUGUACAAUUAUCCUGAUCCACCUUCCGUGUGUAGUCACGACCUUUGGAAUGAUACUAUUGCUGUUCAUUUGUUGAAGAAUCAGGAGAAGUGGAUUCGGACUCUCACCUACUUUAACCACACCCAUGCUUUGAAGCCAUCCAAGCUGUACCAUAUACCUUAGCUUAAUUAAUUGCUAUUAGGUGAUCUUAAGUCUUAACAUUUUUUCUUUAUCAUUUUGUUUAUUUAUUUCAUUUUAAUUUUUAUGAUAGUAACAGUAUUACCAUGUCAUCUGAGGGUCUUAAUAAGUUGUUAUCUUCUGUUGAGGAAGACAAAAGAGGGAGAAAGGUACGAAUUGAUGCUCAAUUUGUGGGUUUUACAUGCAAUUUUGUAUCGUCCAUGAUCUAUAAUUGUUGUGGAAACAAUGUAAGGGGAUUUUUAAGUGAAUCUGAGCUUUCAAAGAAGGAAAUCAGGGAUACAGAGUCAGUGAAGGCAUGGUAGAGAAAACAAGUCAUGUAAUCACUACGCGAAUUCAAUCAUUGCAAAAUAACACGUUAAAUAUCUGUGUUCUUCACUGUUCAAACUUCAUAAA